AUGCGUCAAUCAUUGAAAGAACUACAGGAUUUUACAAAAGAUGAAUUGAUUGAAAAAAUUUUGGAAUCAGAGACUGUUCUUACUGAAUUUCAGGAAUCAAGUAAAGAAUUAGAAAAAGCAUUAGAAGAGGAACUAAUAGAUUUGGAAACGUCGAAUAAAAAUUAUCAAAUAGAAAUUCAAACUUUAAAGAAUCAAAUUCAUCCAUUACGACAAACAAAUUUGGAAAAUGGAAAACAAAUAGAUGAUUUACAAGAAAUACUACGAUCCAAAAAUGACGAAAUUAGCUCGAUUCGAAAACAAUUGAUACAGAACGAGAUUUUGAAUGAUUCCAUGGAGAAUCAAGACAGAAUACUACAAAACAAGCACCAAUUACAAAUAAAAUUUAAUCACGAAUUACUUGAGAAAAUCGCAAUUAUUGAGGAUGAACUUGAGCGAUUAAGGAAACAAAAUUUCGAGAAACAACUAUAUAUCACCAACUAUCAAUCACAAAUAAAAGAGUUGAAUGAAAAAAUAAAUAAUUUAGAAUGCACGAUGAAGGAUAAUGAAGCAGGAGAUAGUAAUGAAGAUAUAGGCGAUAUCCUGCUUGUUUCAAUAAAAGAAAUGUUAAUAUCUACACCUCCAUCACGUAAAAUUAAGGAGCAACAAAACACUACAUCAAAUUUGAGGAAGUCGGACAGUCUACAGAAGCUCAAAAAUUUGACAAAGGAUAUUGAAUUAUAUUUAGGUAAUUUUAAUCAGCAGGUGCCAAGUAGGAACGGAAGACUACCUCAUGAUAAAAUAGAACUGUAUAAAUCAACUUCAUCUAAUCAUUUAACAACUUCUGUUAAAGAAGGAACUGAGCUUUUUGAUGAGAAAGACGAUCAGAAGAAAAAACGCGUUAGUACUCACAAGAGGAUCUCACUAAGCAAGAGAUAUUCAGACUUGUCAUCAAAAACAGGCAGACCAACAUCAAUGAUACAGCUGAGAUAG